AUGCAGAACCACGUUCCCCGCCAACGACAAAACGUCUCAGGGACGAGAGAGGCACAUAAUGGCACCACUCGCAGAGCCUUCGAUCCCCUCGAACCUCCUCAGCGCAGCCAGCCUCGUCACCCUACUGGUGGGCUGGCAUAUGCCCUCUUCAUGUUCUCGUCGCAAUGGUUUCUCGUCCCGCAAGGCAUGGGCAUCAUCGCCGUAAUCCUCCACCAACUUCCUUACCAAUUCCGCGGGCUGGAAAUAAUAUCCAAGAUCGUCUGGGUUUACACGAUUGUCUUGCUUGGUUCAUGUCUGGGUUUAUACGUCCUCCGCAUCCUGCUCUACCCCCGACAUGUCGCGUACCAAUUACGACAUAGCAUCCUGGAAACGUCGUGCCUGGCGAGCAUUUCAAUCGCCUUCACGUCGAUCAUACAAAUGGUUGCAUUGACUGUGGUAAGAGGAUGGGGCUCUGCCUGGGGAAUUGUCGCCUUCGUCCUGUGGUGGAUCAACACCGCUCUCGCCGUGCUCGCUGUCCUGGGUAUACCCUACAUCUACGUUCAGGUUCAGCCGCCCGGGAUCAAAGGUGUUCCUCCGGCGACUCUGUUACCGCUCAUCGCUGCAUUGACAUCCGCCGCCGGAGCGGGAGUGAUUUGCCGAUAUGGUGCGAUCAGCGCACGGCUACAAGUGCCCAUGAUCAUCGUCUCCUACCUAGAGAUCGGGAUCGGAUUACCUCUCGCUGUCUGUUUAGAAACGAUCUACCUUGCUCGACUAUUCGACCGAGCAUUCCCGGCAACGAAAGAGAUCUAUCAAACCAUGAUACUUUGCGGACCCUUCGGCCAGGCAAGCUUCGCGUUGCAAAUGCUAGGCCAGGUCGUCCAGCGAGGAAGCUUCGCGUCGUAUGACCGGGGCACAUUCCUCACCGCAAACUCCGCGCCCACGGUGGGAGUCACCAGCCAAUUCGCGGGCCUGCUAUCCUGGGGCUUUGGCACGUUCUGGUGGGCAUUAUCCAUCAUAAGCAUCGUGCAUUCUCUUCUCGCGCAGUCGGGUGGUUUGAGAGCGACAAGCUUCACACUGGGCGCUUGGUCGCUUGUCUUUCCAUGGGUUAGUAACUAA